AUGGCAGACAUGAUCGGUCCCGACCAUACGCCAAAGCGAAGCUUUGGAGAGCAAGCAAGACGCGCCAUCAAGGCCUUUACAACCAAAGAUGGUCUGGUUGGUACUUAUGACUACGCCUUUCUGUUCCGUCCAAACCUGCCAUUCAUGAAGAAGGAGCGAAGAGCUGCACCCUUCUUCGGUCUCCAUGACCGUAUGCCAGUGCUACUAGCUCUUCUCCUCGGAUUUCAACACGCACUCGCCAUGUUAGCAGGUGUCAUAACACCACCAAUUAUCCUCGCAAAUGCCGCACAGCUAAGUUCGGAAGAGCAACGCUACCUCGUCUCCACUUCGCUCGUAGUUUGCGGAAUCCUGUCCUCGAUUCAGAUCACGCGCUUCCAUAUCUGGAAGACCCCCUACUAUAUCGGAACCGGCCUGAUUUCCGUCGUCGGAACUUCUUUUGCGACUAUUCCCGUGGCGACCGGUGCCCUCAGCCAGAUGUACGCGACCGGAUUUUGCCCGACUGCUGCGGAUGGCACAAGACUCCCUUGCCCAGAUGGCUACGGAGCUAUUCUCGGUACGUGCGCUGUAUGCGCUUUGCUCGAAAUCGGCAUGUCCUUCACCAGUCCGCGUAUCCUUAAGAAGGUCUUCCCGCCCCUGGUUACCGGUCCAACUGUACUGCUCAUUGGCGUUCAUCUCAUCGAGACUGGACUUCAAAACUGGGCUGGUGGCUCGGGUGAUUGCCAAUCUCGUCCCGAAACUGGACUCUUUCAGCUGUGCCCCAACAUCAAUGCACCGCGCCCUCUUCCAUGGGGUAGCGCUGAGUUCAUCGGUCUCGGUUUCAGUGUCUUCAUCACCAUCAUCAUCUGCGAGCGUUUUGGCGCGCCUAUCAUGAAGUCUACCGCUGUCGUCGUUGGACUCCUGGUCGGAUGCAUCAUCGCAGGCGCAACAGGCUACUUUGACAAGUCCACCAUCGAUGCCGCACCGGCUGUAUCCUUUAUCUGGGUCCACACAUUCAAGCUUUCUGUAUACGGACCAAUAGUGCUCCCUCUGCUAGCAGUCUACAUGGUUGUCGCUAUGGAGGCCAUUGGUGAUAUCACCGCUACCUGCGAUGUUUCGCGCCUUGAAGUCGACGGCGAGAUGUUCGAUUCCCGAAUUCAAGGUGGUGUCCUCGCAGAUGGUCUGAACGGCAUGAUUGCAGCUCUGUGCACCAUCACUCCCAUGUCCACCUUCGCUCAGAAUAACGGUGUCAUUGCUCUGACGCGCUGUGCGAACCGAAAGGCCGGCUAUGCUUGCUGCUUCUGGCUCAUUGUCAUGGGCAUCUUCGCCAAGUUUGCGGCGGCCCUUGUUGCCAUUCCUUCAGCAGUUCUCGGCGGAAUGACAACCUUCCUCUUCAGUGCCGUCGCUGUUAGUGGUAUUAGGAUCAUCAGCACGAUGUCCUUCACUCGCCGCAACCGUUUUAUCCUCACUGCAGGAUUUACCCUGGGCUUCGGCGCUACCAUGGUCCCAGACUGGUUUGAUCACGUCUUCACUUACGAUGGACCGAACCACGCACUUCAGGGCUUCUACAACGCUAUCAUCUUGAUCCUCGAGACAGGUUUCGCUGUUGUUGCUUUCAUCAACGUUGUACUUAACCUUGUCCUACCAGAGGAGAUUGAGGACGAGGAGACACCGGAGUUGACUGCGAAUGAAGUCGACGAGCCAGCGGAUAAGGAAGAGUGGGCAAGGGUCAAGAAGGGAGCCACUGAUGUUGAGGGACGACCAAGUUCGGAUAUUGAGCCUAGCAAGGCCGCGUGA